AAAGAGUGCAACGAUUUGUAAGAAGUGGAGCACAGCCGCCGCUGAGCGUUGGAAGCGUGGAAAGUGUGUAAAAGCGCCAUAAAGUUGCCACAGAGCACAAAACAAAGAAAACAAAUAAAUAAGAAAUAAAAAGACAACAAUAAACUAAAAAGAGAGCGCAAACAAGAAACAAAUAACUGACAAGUGGCCAAAGACAACGCCAAAAUGAAUCCGAGGCCCGUGGGCAUUGGAUUCGGAUGCGGCCGCAAACCACCCAACAAUGCCAAGAUGCGUUCCCGAUGGCCGCCACCACCUGCACCACUAUUGUCAUCCACAGUGCUGCCAGCGGCCGCAACAGCGGCAACAACAACACUAUCAGCGACAACGACAACUGCAAUGGCAGCGACAAAAACAAAAUCAACAACAACAACA